GUGAUAUCAGUAAACCAAUGAAAAUGUACCUAGCUGUCGAGUUAUUGAUCAGUACCUCUGACGACUGACUGUGCUGUAUUGGGAAUAUCUAUUUUUCUUUUUUUCUCAUUUAUAUAUCUAAAAAGGACUUAAAACACACAAAAAACUGUUCCUGCAAUGGCUAAUGUAACAGAUAUCGAAGAAAUUGUGAAGACAUGGGCGUGGACAAGUUUUGUCAAAACACGAGGCAAAGAUUUUCAGAAACUCAAAUUUGACGAAGUUAACCUGGACGUCAACUGGUCACGUGUCCGAUUCAACCCGUCAGUUCCGGAAUACUCGGACAAAAGUAUGGUCGAUCAACCGAAUUCUAAGAUAGUUUUCACAUCUACGUUUGAAAACAAUACCGACUCCGAACAGGAACACUCGUUCACGACGGAACGAUCGACGGCGUGUAUUACAACAACGUCGAUUUCCAAAGGUUACACACAAGGCUUUAACCUUGAGUUAAAACUUGGGCUUCCAGAUGAAGUUGCUAGUGCCACGGCAGGAUUUGGACGGGAGACCACGGUGGAAAGCACUGACGAAACAACCAAAGAGCAGACGAUAACUUGGGCAGUUGACAGUAACAUUAAAGUUCCGCCCAAACAUAAAACAACUGCAAGAAUGGUCGUAAAAGAGAAAGAAUUUAAUGGAACGUUUAAACUGAAUGUCAGAGUACGCGGUAUGGUAAUUGUAACAUUCACAAAUCUACGUGAUAACAACAGUUACAUACACACAUCCGAAGGCGACAUUUCGCAAAUUCUGAGCGACGCCAAAGGAUAUACGGGAUACAAGAUUGACGGUAAAACAGCUGUAUUUGACGUUCAAGGGAGCACAAAGUUUAGAUUUGGCGUAGAGCAAAGGGUUAAAAUAGACGAAGAGCCUCUGUGAUUUCCAGACUGUACCAAACGCCAUAUGAACUGCUACUUAGAGGACCAUAAAAUGUGAUCUUUAAGUUAUGAAUAUUUAGUGCCUAUGAAUCUUUUUUUACAAAUUACAUCGGAAACGUUUGUAAAAGAACAACCAGAACUGUGGAGUGAAACUGCAAUCAUCUGCAUGCGAUUUCAAUAACUAAAAACACGUCAACCCAAAAGCGACAAAAUGAGAAACUGGCUGAUUUGAAUGAAAUGUGUUUUAAAUCUUAAUUUCUUGUUGGAAAUGGAGAAGAGUUUAUUAUAUUCAUUUUUUGUAUCAGUACAAAAAUAUUUGCAUUUACCUAUGUUGAACUUACUUUUAAGUGUACAGUUCUGGAAAACAGCUUCAUCUUGUUGAUUUUAACAAUACAAAUUGUUUUAGUAUUAUAUUUACGUAUAUUUCAUGCUAUAUUAAUUUUGUAAAAUAAAUUAUACCAAAACAAAA